AUGCCUUCCUCAACACUGCAAUCCCAAUUACAACCUCAGCCCAAACCGCGCUGGAUUCUUCUCGCCAUUGCCUCAGGCGCAUUCGCCGCAUUGAACGGCCUCUUCGCGAAACUAACCACGGACGAGCAGACAACAAGCUUUGCAAAUGCAGUCCUAUCUCUCUUCGGCGCUGCGGGCGGCGCUGACGGCCAUCCCGUCUUCAUGCUUAUCGUGAGAGGGAUCUGUCUUGGUCUUAACGUGUUGUGCAACGUGAUCAUGUGGGCGCUCUUCACGCGCGCGUUGACAGCCGCGCCGUCUACGACCAAGGUGUCCAUUACCAAUACCUCGGCGAAUUUCCUCGUCACGGCGCUGCUGGGUAUGAUUGUGUUUCGGGAGAAGGUUGGUGGGCUGUGGUGGUUGGGCGCGGGGAUGAUGGGGGGUGGGUGUAUCCUUGUUGGGAUGAGAGAGGAGUCUUCUUAA